UCAGAAUCCAAUUCCUUUGCGGAGACGUGUCUCGUUGACGGCAUCCUUCCGUCAUGGCGUCUGUUAGGAGAAAAUCCCUUUUGAACCUGCAUUUUCUCUGUGUUUUAUUGUUUCUAAUGCUGUGUCUGCCGUUCGGAGGAGGACAGAAGAAGAAAGAGAACCUGCUGUCGGAGAAGGUAGACCAGAUGAUGGAGUGGUCCUCUCGUCGUUCGGUCAUCCGGAUGAAUGGAGACAAGUUCCGUCGCUUUGUCAAGGCUCCGCCCAGGAACUACUCUGUCAUCGUCAUGUUCACUGCUCUGCAACCUCAGAGGCAGUGUUCUGUCUGCAGGCAGGCGAAUGAGGAAUACCAGGUCCUGGCGAACUCUUGGCGUUACUCAUCGGCGUUUUCCAACAAGCUCUUCUUCACUGUGGUGGACUAUGAUGAGGGAGCUGAUGUUUUUCAACAGCUGAACAUGAAUAGCGCUCCAACUUUCAUGCAUUUCCCUGCAAAGGGAAAGCCAAAGAGGGCCGAUACGUUCGACCUGCAAAGGAUUGGCUUCGCUUCAGAGCAGCUGGCCAAGUGGAUUGCUGACCGCACGGAUGUUCAGAUCCGUGUUUUCCGUCCUCCUAAUUACUCGGGGACUAUUGCUUUGGCUCUAUUAGUGUCUCUGGUUGGAGGUCUUCUGUAUCUCCGGAGAAACAACUUGGAGUUCAUUUACAACAAGACAGGAUGGGCCAUGGCCGCGCUGUGUGUCGUUUUUGCAAUGACGUCUGGACAGAUGUGGAAUCACAUUCGAGGACCUCCCUACGCCCACAAGAACCCACAGAAUGGACAAGUGAGCUACAUUCAUGGCAGCAGCCAGGCACAGUUUGUGGCUGAGUCUCACAUCAUCCUCCUUCUGAAUGCUGCAAUCACCAUGGGAAUGGUUCUGCUCAACGAAGCAGCCACCUCUAAAGGAGAUGUUGGCAAAAGAAGAAUCAUCUGCCUGGUUGGUCUUGGGCUCGUGGUGUUUUUCUUUAGCUUUCUUCUCUCCAUCUUCAGGUCCAAGUAUCACGGAUACCCUUACAGCUUUCUUAUUAAGUAAAAAAAGAGGAGUGAAGAGGAGGAGGUCAGAGGAUGAUGAAGAGGGGGUGUCGACGGAAAAAGAAGGAAGAACAUACUUGAAAAGCAAAAAGAUUCACUGUUGAGGCUGCAUGGUGGGCUUUCUUUUGUCUGUUACUGUUUAUCGUGUGCGAUCGUUUAAUCUUCAAGGUGAAUAAAAUCUGUUUUUUUUCUUUGUACAGUUAAAAAUAAAGGUGUGUGGCUUGCCUCUGAA